AUGGGCGUCAAGACCGAGUUCAUGGUUUUCUCUCGCAGAGCGGACAUCAAGAUAGAAAAGCUGAGAGAGGUUGUUACAAGGCUCCAGAACGGCGAAGAAGUGGAUGUAGAGAAGGUCCUGGGCACUGGAGACGAAAAACAAGAGCGGGAAUGGGAAGAAGUGUUGGAGGAACUGCAAAGGGAGGAUAGAGUAUGGCAAAGCAACAAGAAAAAGAGCCGCGAAGUAAAGGAACGUAUGGCCAAGGAGGAACAAGACGCCAACCCAGUUAACGACAUUGAUGACAAAGCUCUGGCGGUCAAUCUAUCACCUUCAUCGCCCAACCUUGCCGUUCCACGGAGUCCUGGAUUCUACUGA